CCUUCCGCAGGUUCACCUACGGAAACCUUGUUACGACUUCUCCUUCCUCUAAGUGAUAAGGUUUGACCAAGUUUGGGCCAGAUAGUUUGUGAAACACAAUCCAUCCAUCCCUCCCAAGGCCUCACCGGACCACUCAAUCGGUAGGAGCGACGGGCGGUGUGUACAAAGGGCAGGGACGUAUUCAGCGCGGGAUGAUGACCCACGCUUACAAGGUAUUCCUCGUUCAAGAGGGAAAAUUGCAAGCCUCGAUCCCCAGCACGAGCGGAUUUAGAGAUUAGGAAGCGCUCUCGCACAUCCUCACCCGUUGACCCGCUCAGUGUAGCACGCGUGCGGCCCAGAACAUCUAAGGGCAUCUCAGACCUGUUAUUGCCUGGAGCUUCCGUGGACUAGACGCCCACAGUCCGUCUAGGAAGGCAAGCCUCAGUACCAAAAAACGGUACUGGCGCCUAGCUAGCACGCCCAGGUCUCGCUCGUUAACGGAAUUAACCAGACAGAUCACUCCACCAACUAAGAACGGCCAUGCACCACCAACCAUAGAAUCAAGAAAGAGCUCUCAAUCUGUCAAUCCUCACUAUGUCCGGACCUGGUAAGUUUCCCCGUGUUGAGUCAAAUUAAGCCGCAGGCUCCACACCCGGUGAUGCCCUUCCGUCAAUUCCUUUAAGUUUCAGCCUUGCGACCAUACUCCCCCCAGAAAGCAAACACUUUGGUUUCCCGAAGGGUGCCGGGUAGGCCAAAAUACAGUCCUACCCGAUCCCCAGUCCUCAUCGUUUAUAGUAAAGACUACGACGGUAUCUGAUCGUCUUCGAUCCCCUUACUUUCGUUCUUGAUCAAUGAAAACGUCCUUGGCAGACGCUUUCGCAGCCGUUUGUCUUCCGCCAAUCCAAGAAUUUCACCUCUGACGCCGGAAUACAAAUGCCCCCAACCGUCCCUCUUAAUCAUUACCCGAUCCUCACAAACCAACAAAACAGGAAACAGGUCCUAUUCUAUUAUUCCAUGCUAAUGUAUUCAUGGCAAACGCCUGCUUUGAACACUCUAAUUUUUUCACAGUAAACGGUGGCAGCGACCACAAUGAAGCAGUGAAGCUCCACUAGGCCCCCAUCCACAAAGGCGGCCAACUCCAGAUCCGUCCGCGAGGACGCCCUGGACUGCCCGCCAACCUCCGACUACGAGCGUUUUAACUGCAACAACUUUGGUAUACGCUUACAGAGCUGGAAUUACCGCGGCUGCUGGCACCAGACUUGCCCUCUGCUGGCUCCUCGAUAAGCUGUUUACCUUGUUCUCAUUCCAAUUAGAAAACCCGUUGGGCCCUCUAUUGCUAUUUCUUGUCACUACCUCCCGGUAUCCGGAUUGGGUAAUUUGCGCGCCUGCUGCCUUCCUUGGAUGUGGUAGCCGUCUCUCAGGCUCCCUCUCCGGAGUCUCGCACCCACGAUCCGUCACCCGUCACAACCAUGGUAAGACAAUACCUUACCAUCCAAAGUUGAUAGGUCAGAAAUUUGAACGAUGCGUCGCACUAACGUGCGAUCAGAAAAGAAAUUGUGAAUCACCAAACAUUGGUUUGUAUCUCCAAUUUAUACCACGACAUAAAUGUCGCUUUAAGGCAUGUAUUAGCUCUAGAAUUACUACGGGUAUCCAAGUAGUAGUUACCAUCGAAGAAACUAUAGCUGUUUUACCGAGCCAUUCGCAGUUUCGUUGUACAAUUCACUCAUACUUACACUUGCAUGGCUUAGUCCUUGAGACAAGCAUAUACCACUGGCAGGAUCAACCAGGUAGC